AUGUUUCGCUCGGUAUUGCCUCGUCCCAGCUCAAAGGGCGCUGGAAAGGUCAUUGCAAAGAGUUUGGACAACAAGACCAUUAAAUCGGUCCAAAAAUUGAGUGGGACCAGAAUGAUACAUCAAAAAGACGACGGCAAGUCCAACGAUGCCUCUUUGCAGCCAGAUGCUGCUGCCACUACCCUCACUGAUCAGUACGAACACAGAAGGCUUUCAGGAAGUCCAAAAACCGUCGGUGGCUACAAGGCAACUUGGCUCAAUGCCCUAGCAGAACGUGAAAAGCAGCUUGCUCAGGGGAAAAUCAUCGACUCGUACGUUUACAACUCUGUCAAGUCUACAGAAGUGGGUGAGAAGGCUCGCAAGGACUCGUUCGCAUAUUUAACACUUCCUUUCCGUGACGAUGCGGGCGUGGCAGACUUCUACGUCAACGCAGCGGGAAGAUUGAGAAUGGGUCAAAUCUUCCAAGAUUUGGACGCGCUUGCCGGGAGAAUCGCUUACAGACACACUUCGCCCGCAGAGCCUGUUAUUGUUACUGCUUCCGUUGACCGGAUUUAUUUGCUGAAAAGCAUCGACACUAUGGCCGAGUACAAUAUUAUUUUGUCUGGUGCUGUAGUUUGGACUGGUAGAUCUUCUAUGGAAAUCGCUAUCAAAGCUACCGCCAUUCAAGGCGAUUUACCCAAAGUCAUCAAAGAAGAAACUCUGUUAGAAGAAGACACCUUUUUGACCGCUUCUUUCACGUUUGUGGCCAGAAAUCCAGAAACGCACAAAUCUCUGUCUGUAAACAAGCUCCUGCCUUUGAGUCAAAAGGAGUGGAUGGAUUUCAGACGUGCUGAGUCGCAUAAUGCAGCCAAAAAGCUUCGUGCUGCGAGUGAAAGCUUGGACACUAACCCUCCUACUGGUCAAGAGUCCAGAAUUAUUCACAACAUGUGGGCUGCAUCGAAGCAGCUAGCCAAACUCUCGCAAAAACCUCUUAACGUUAUGUUCAUGAAAGAGACCAACGCUAAAUCCACCAUGUUCAUGCAACCUCAAUACAGAAAUAGACACUCGUACAUGAUUUUCGGUGGAUAUCUGAUGAGACAAACUUUCGAGUUGGCUUAUUGCGCUGCUGCAUCCUUCUCUCAUUCUUUCCCAAGAUUCAUAUCUUUAGACUCGACCCAUUUCAAGGCUCCUGUCCCCGUGGGUUCUAUCUUGCACAUGGACGCCACCGUUGUUCACACUGAGCACUUGUAUGAGAAAGACGCCAGGCCUAAGGUCGCAAAUGUGACCGAUAAGUCAGUUGACAGUAGCACCAUUUUCCACUUUGACCCAUCUCCUAUCAACCAGCUAUCGCAUAGCCCUGACGCCAUGUUGAACAAGCCGGGGACUUUGAUUCAGGUCAAGGUUGAUACAAUGGUACAAGAAUUAGCGUCAGAGAAGAAGACUUCAUCCGGUUCAUUUAUUUUCUCCUUCUUCGCCCCAAGAGAUUCAGAUGGAAGCACUAGUCAACCUGGCUAUGCUACUGUGGUUCCCGAAAGCUACUCUGAAAUGAUAGAAUACAUCAGUGCAAGAAGACGCGCUGUCGAUACAGCAAAUUACGCAAGCAAUUUGAAGAGAAACAACAAAUUGUAG